GACCUCGAGGAUCGAACCCCGGCCGCCUGCGUGGAAGGCUGAAGUGUUAACCACUCGACCAAUCCGCCAAUAUUAGGUGUUCCAUCCAAAUGACGACACCAGUGUUGUGUAUUUUCCCAAAACUAUUGGUACCUAUAGAACGACACUGCGUGGUUGGGGACUUAAUGACUGUGGAUAUCCACUAAGCGAUCCAGUGUGAUACAGUUGAUUGAUUGGACCAUCGUGCCUGCAGUUCUGGAAAAAAAAUACUGACAGUAUGCGGCCUCAAUUUCCCAGGGGACUUUCACGCAGGGGGAAGAACCGGAAGUGGACAAAGUGUUUACAUAUCAAACCCCGAAAAAAACACGGGGACUAUACAGAGGAAGACUCUUGACAAAGUUUGAAGUGACGCCAUCAACAUGCAGUAGCUCCUGAAAGAUGUACCCAGUGUUAAUGGUCUUGGAUGGGCUUCAGGACAGUGUUUUCCAAGUGACUUCUAUGCUCAAUGGUCAACUAUCACAAUUCCUCAGUCUGUGACAAAUUAAAACAUUUUGAAAAUUUGCGCGGAGGAAUACAAUGAACCUUAAAACUACGUAGAAAAACAAUAUUUUUAAAACAAUCAUAUCGUCAUUGGCUAUUCCAUAUUAACAUUUACGCUUGAAAUGGUGUUAUUAUCAUCACAAUAACUUUUCCGUUACUUUAUAUUGAUUUGCUUAUAAAAGAAUAUAUUCUUACGUGGAUCAGUUUUGUGUGGAUAUCACUUCCGGUGUAAGACGUCACCUGACGCGAGAAAAUAAGUUCCCAAAAGCCGGGAAAUGGGGAAAAUUCUUUCUCAAGUUUUACUCAAGUUGUUCUCAACUUCACCUGGGGUAUUCUCAUACUGAUAACCCAUGAUAAUGAUGUUAUCAUGCUACCGGUAGGUGGUAUUAAGUAGCAUAUAGGUGUUAAAACAUAAUACCAAUUGCCACAUAGCUGGUGGGCUAAUAUCAUUUGUAGCCGGGGUAUUUCUGUUAUUUUUUACCAGAUUUAUUUAAAGUUAUGGUGAUAUCUGGCACAGUAAGAAUAUUAAUUAAUUUUGACCAAAACCGGCCAUAUAGCUCAAUCGAUAUACCUAGCAAAUGACGGAACCACGCCGAGAUCCUUGUUGUUGACACUAUUUGUAGGACAGCUGGAUACAACUCUACAUCUAUGCAAGCAUUUUUAUGAAGACAAAAUUAAAAAAAAAUACUUACGAUCUACUCUCAAAAUCAACAGUGUUCUGUCUAAACCCUCGUAACAAGAUAAAGAUAAAGAUGUAUCCAUACCGAUCACUUAUUUUUAGUUAUCUUGUACUUUCUCCUGUUACGAUAGCAUAAGCUGCUGGGUUGCACGAGUUUUAAUAUCUCAAUAUUUCGAAUUAGUAACACAGAAUUGCGAGAUAACUACUAUAAAUUUGGAUUUAAUAACUCAAAUUUCAAGAUAAUAAUCCUCUUAACCAGAAAUUGUUUUAUCUGGAUCUGUAUUUGUGUAAACCGGCAAAAGUAAUUGGUAUAAGAUUAACUCCGAACUCUGUUUUUCUGUCAUCUGGCAUUGUUUUCCGGUCCAAUACCUUCUUAACAUUAAUAAAUAUGCGCUUUGUGAACUGGCAUCACAACACGUUCUGGUCUAAUUUCAUACGUUUAACUAGACAGGAAAAUAAACAGUUGACCAGUCAUUUUCGACUUUCCUAGCUACAAAAAUGUAUAACAAUACAUUACAUGUAUUUUAUAUUUUUAUUUACUGUUCAUAUCAAUGGCGAUAAUUAAGAUAAUAAUGGAUCUCUUCUGAAUAUCACCUUCAUAAUGUUAGUAAAAUUUUAAAAUAAGCAUGUGUUUCAUUGAUUCACAUUUAUGAGAGAUUGUAUUUUGAAAUGAAUCUAAUAUGUCCAUAUCGAUAUUUGUUUCGAUAAAUUCCAUUAUACACUCUUACUCUGAUAAGUUCAGAGAAUCCAACGACCAGUGAAAAAGGUUUGAUUUGUUGAAUUUCAUUCGCAAUUAAGCAUCAGGAGCUGCAAGGCAGACGUGUAAACCAAACAUCCGUAUCGUUUGUUAGAAAUAAUAGUUGACGAGAUAAACUGUUUAAUUUUUUUCUAGGUAUUAUUGGCGGACAGUGUGUAAAUAAGUAUGGCGUCAGAAAGGUUGGAAUGUUUGGUGGACUGCUGGCUUUUCUUGGACUUGCCUCUUCAUUCUUUGCCACAGGUAUCCGUUACCUGAUCGUCUCCAUCGGUGUAGUUGCAGGAUUCGGCUUUUCCUUAACCUUUCUCUCUUGUUUAACAUCUGUUGGUGAAUACUUCGACGGAAAAGUAAAACUGGUUGCAAUAUCAAUUAUCGGUACCGGAGCUGGAUGCGGUGGAAUGCUAUUUCCUUUCCUGAUGGACUAUCUGAUAGACAUGUAUGGAUGGCGUGGAUGUGUUCUAAUUGUGGGCGGACUCAUGGGGAACAUGAUUUGCUUCUUUGCGGUUUGUAAGCCUAAUUCGGUUGGUGUGUCACGACCUAAGCCUGAAACCUGUUGUUCGCAAGAUCCUGACAAGACGCAACUAUCAUCGGUUCAUCAACAUUUACAUCAGGACACCGAUAUAUCCAACUCUAGUGACAUCGACCUACCCAAGGAACAAUAUACAUGCACUGAAAAAUUAAAUACAUUGAAGAAAAACGUCAUUUUUAUCAUCUUCGUUCUUGGAAUUGCUUUGACACUUUCCUCGUUUGGUGCAGCAUUGAUAUAUAUGUUGGAAUUCCUUCAGACAAAGGGGUUUGAGGAACAAGAAGCGCUUUUAUUCUAUUUCUAUAUGAAUACAUCAGCUAUGUUAUGUAGGGUGCUACCUGGGUUGUGUAUACUCGUACCAUUUAUAGAUGGUCUUGUCGUAUCCGCUUUCUUUACAAGUCUGAGUUGUUUAACAGGCGUGGGUCUACUUAUAGCAACUACAUACUGCCAUCAUGUGAUUCUGAUGUGCGUCUUUGGGAUUGCUCUUGGAUGUUGUAACACAGUCCUAUCAAUGACUACGAUGGAACUUGUGGGACUUGAUAACUAUGCCAUCGGGAUUGGAAUAGUGAUGCCUGUUAUUGGUGUGAGCAGCAUCGUUGCUGGAGCCGUUUCAGGUUGGCUAGUAGACGUAACAGGAUCAUAUCACACAUCAUACUAUAGUCUGUCAGCUACUCAUGGCGUUGCUGUCUUUCUGUUCAUCCUGGCUAUUGCAGUACGGAAAUGUUGCCGAAGUCAGACCCCCUAUUUGGAUGAGAGAACAGUGUUUGCAUAAGAAAACUGGAUAUGAUAUAUGAUAAAUUGUCAAGUAACCGCUUGGAGCCCAACUGUAGUACUACAGUACCAUGUAUUGUGUCACCUUUGCAGGUUGUCACUUUAAUGUGACAGGAUGUGUAGCCAAAUUCUUUUUCGGGGUUGCAAACAACCGAAGUUUUUUUUUUUUUUUUUUUAUAUAAAAUUAAGAUAAACUCCUCUACUGGCAAGGAGUUAGAUAGGAUGAGAAAGGGCUAUUCUGAGCCUCUUUGGCAUUUUACUGACAAUCUAUGGUUAGAUUUGGGAAGGUAACACACUCUCUUACCAUUAUAUGGCAUGAAAACACGAUUUAUCUGAAAUGAAAAACUGUUUUGAGAUUAA